CUCGUAUCUCGCUUGCCUAACUACUCCCUCCCCCCCGCCCAUAUCUUGAACAUUUUCUACGCCUUGUUUUAGAUCCAGAUAAAAAGGAAAAAGGAAACAGCAAUGUUGGAAUCUUUCGAAAUCCUGACUGCCUCCGGGAUCGUGUUGUGGUCGAAGUCGUACGCACCAGUGGGCGCACACAUCAUCAAUAGUCUUAUCAACGAUGUGUUCAUCGAGGAAAAGGUCUUGCCACAAGGGACAGCCGGAACCGGGGUCGCGCCAGUGUACAAGAAGGAGAAGUAUACGCUGAAGUGGAAGCGGGUGAAGGAGUUCAAUCUCAUCUUUGUGGCUGUCUACCAAUCGCUUCUGCAUCUCGGCUGGAUCGACAAGCUCAUCGACAAUAUCGCGACGAUUUUCAUUGAUUUAUACAAGGAGCAGCUGAAGAGUACGCGGUCCCGGGCCAUCGAGUAUCCGUUCGACAAGUACUUCGACCAACAAGUGCAAGAACUUGAGGAUAAUACGGGAGCCAGCGCAUCUGCAGACAGGAUUCUCGGCGAUCAGGAGGCGAAGAAGGACCCAUUUGCGUCAUCUGACAACGGUGGUCCUCCACCUCCAUCAGUUCCUGGCCUUGUGAAAGCGCAGCGACAAGCUGCGCAGACGGUCGUGACCUCCGAUGAGGGAACGCCCCCCCAAACACCUGAAAUCUCUAGAUCUUCGACGCCUUCGUCGGCUCACGCUCUGCCUGCUAAGCUCGGCCCCGGCGGCCGGGUCUCGCGUCGUGCUCGCAAGGCUGCAAACGCCAGUGCGAAUGUGUCAUCUGGCGAUGAGCCUGUCCGCAAGAGCAAUAAGACCCCAAAGAGCGGCAAGAAGAUGCGCAAAUGGGGUGAUGAUGGGAUGGCCGAUGAGGACGAUGGCGAGAUUCUCGAUUAUUCCGUACACGACGAAGGCGCGGACAUGUCGGCUCCCGCGGUGGAAGCUGUUGCGCAGGACACCUGGGGACGGAGAACUGGGAAGGGUCAGUUUGUUUUGAAGGAUCUGGGCGACGAGGUUCACUCUAUCCUCGAGAAUGCCGACAAUGAAAAAUCCAAGGCCGGCGCCUCUGCAGGCGUGGUAGGGUCCAGUUUCAACGCGAUUGGGGGUCUCUUCCGGAAUAUUGUGGGCGGAAAGGUCUUGACCGAGAGCGAUCUUGAAAAGCCGCUGAAAGCAAUGGAGGACCACCUUAUGAAGAAGAAUGUAGCGCGUGAAGCAGCAAUCCGCCUGUGCGAAGGUGUCCAACGCGAGCUCAUUGGAAAGAAGACAGGCAACUUCCAGAGCGUGGACGCUGCGCUGCGCAACGCCAUGGAGUCAUCUUUGCGCAAGAUCCUUACACCCACCUCCUCUCUGGAUCUCCUCCGUGAGAUCGACUCCGUCACGUCUCCAUCCAGCAAGCAACAGGCUGCCCGGCCAUACGUGAUCUCGAUCGUCGGUGUCAACGGGGUCGGCAAGUCGACAAACCUGAGCAAGAUCUGCUAUUUCCUCCUACAGAACAACUACCGAGUGCUGAUUGCCGCAUGCGACACCUUCCGGUCCGGUGCUGUGGAGCAGCUGCGCGUCCACGCGCGCAACCUGAAGGAGCUCAGCUCGCGUGAAAACGUGGGCGAGGUCGAACUCUACGAGAAAGGGUACGGCAAGGACGCAGCCAACGUGGCCAAGGAUGCAGUAGAGUACGGUGCUGCCAACAAGUUCGAUGUUGUCCUGAUCGACACCGCGGGCCGCCGCCACAAUGACCAGCGGCUCAUGUCAUCCCUGGAGAAGUUCGCCAAGUUCGCCCAACCAGACAAGAUCUUCAUGGUUGGCGAGGCGCUCGUGGGCACCGACAGUGUCAUGCAGGCCCGCAACUUCAACCAAGCGUUCGGGACCGGUAGGAACCUGGAUGGCUUCAUCAUCAGCAAAUGCGACACGGUGGGUGACAUGGUGGGCACCCUCGUCAGCAUGGUGCAUGCUACGGGUAUCCCCAUUGUCUUCUUGGGAGUCGGACAGCACUAUGGCGAUCUGCGAGGGCUGAGUGUUCCUUGGGCUGUUGGGCUGCUGAUGAAAUGAUUGAUUUCUAGAAUGUAGAAUGUAUUAUUGGGUCUACUAUAACUUACUAUUUUAUGGCUAGCAUUAUCUAUCCUCACUCAGAUAUAAUAACUCUUUACCACACACUCUCCACC